GUUCUCUUGAAGUUGUAAUUCAGGUUGUACAGGAAAGCAGUUGAAGAUGGCUGGUAAAAGCAUUACGAAGGAUGAGCGUUUUGCGAACGUUCACAAUGAUCCCCGUUUCAAGAUGCCAAAGCGUAGGGAUUUCAAGGUGGAGGUUGAUAGUAGAUUCCAGAAGUCUGAUUUGGAGGCAUACAAGAAGAAGGCACACGUUGAUAAGUAUGGACGGAGGGUGAAGAGAGACGAGAAGAGUGAUUUUGACAAGUACUAUAAGAAGAAGGAUGAGGGUGAAAGUGAGGGCGAGGGUGAGAGUGGAAGUGAGAGUGGAAGUGAGAGUGGAAGUGAGAGUGAAGACCAGGAGGAAGAGGAAGAGAAAGUGAAAGAAGAUGCGGAGGAGGACGAGGAAGAAGAUACAGCUGUCGCAAAGUUGGACCGUGCCCGUGGUGAAGGUGCUGAAAUAUCAAGUUCAAGCGACGAAGAAUCCAGUUCUGAUGAGGAAUCCUCCGAAGAUGAAGACGACUCUGAAAUCGAACUAGAGGAUUCCAAACCAGAAACUGGGGAUCCUUCAGCAAGAUUUGCUGUUGUCAAUAUGGAUUGGGACCAUAUCAAAUCCGUUGAUCUCUUUGCAACGUUCCAGAGUUUCGUUCCAUCGGAUGGCUUCAUUAAAACAGUUGCCAUAUAUCCUAGUGAAUUUGGUAAAGAACGUUUGCAAAAGGAAGAGAUUGAAGGACCACCAAGGGAUAUCUUCACUUCAAAGAAGAAGAAUCGUAAAUCCAAAGCAAAUGGCGAUUCGGAUUCAGAUUCAGAUUCCGAACUUGAGGCCAAAGACCUUUACGAAGAAGGUGAUGCAGAUGAAGAUUACGAUUCAAAGAGUCUUCGCCGUUAUCAAUUACAAAGAUUGAGAUAUUACUACGCAGUAGUUGAAUGUGAUUCCAUCAAAACGGCGAAGAACAUAUAUCAAAAUGUUGAUGGUACAGAAUACGAAUCAACAGCAAACUUUUUCGAUCUGAGAUACAUCCCAGAUGACAUGACAUUUGAAGAUAAACCUCGUGAUUCAUGUGAUAAAAUUCCAGCUCAAUAUAAACCUGAAACGUUUGUCACUGAUGCUUUGCAACAUUCGAAGGUCAAGCUUACUUGGGAUGAAACUCCAGCUGAAAGAGUCAAACUCAGCUCAAAGUCCUUUAGUCAACGUGAGCUGGAUGAUAUGGAUUUCAAGGCUUAUUUGGCAUCUGAUAACAGCGACGAAGAAGAUCAAGAAGAGCUGAAGAAUAAGUAUAAACUACUUGCAGGGUCCAGUGCUAAGAUUGGAUCAAGGGAUCUGUUCAAUCCAGCACAGGAUGAUGACAGUGAUGGUGAUGUUGAUCAAGUCAUUACAUUCACUCCUGAUGAUGCCCUUGGAGCAGAUCAAGCAAAGAACUCUGAAGAAGAGUCCACCAUUGAUAAACUUAAACGUAAGGCAAAGGAGCGUCGUAAAGCUAGAAAAGACAGAAUCAAAGAACUAAAGGCACAGGAGUUGGAUGAGAAAAAGCAAUUGAAACAGGAAAAGAAGUCUAAAGGUAAGAAGCAUCACGAUGACGAUUCAAAGAGUAAGGCUGAUUUAGAGCUGUUAAUGAUGGAUGAGAAAGAUGAUGAUGAUAAGAAAUCCAACGCUCACCAUUUCAACAUGAAAGAGCUGGUCAGAUCUGAAAAGGAAAAGGGUAAGAAGAACAAACACAAAAACCAAAAGAAGAUUGUUGAAGAUAACUUUGAAGCUGACUUGAACGACCCAAGAUUCAAGGAGAUCUUUACAUCUCACGAUUUUGCCAUUGAUCCAUCCCAACCGCAAUUCCAAAAGACCGCUACAAUGAAGAAAAUCCUCGAGGAGAGAAACAAACGUCGUGACGCUGGUGAAUUGGCUGAGAAUCCAAAGAAGAACCUCAAUUCUAAGAAGAGAAAGUUGGAGGACACAAACGAUGUGAAAUCGUUAGCGCAGAAGCUCAAGAAGAAGGCCAAAGGUAAGAAGAUGCAAUAAAAUCCUUUCUGUGCGUUAUUGGCAUAGACUUGCUUUACAUAAUUAACCCUCGGUAGGAUCA